UAUCAACCGAGAAAAGCAAAGCACCAUGUCUGCGGAGGCUGAACAAUGGAAGGCAAAGGGCAACGCCGCUCUGUCGGCAAAAAACAACGCUGAAGCGAUUGAAUGCUACACGAAAGCGAUUGCGUUGGAUGCGUCGAAUCACGUGUACUUUUCGAACCGCAGUGCAGCGUACUUGAGCGAUGGCAACGCCGAAUUGGCACUGAAGGAUGCCGAAAGCUGCAUUGCUGUCAAGGGUGACUGGGGGAAGGGGUAUGCACGCAAGGGUGCUGCGUUGCACGCUUUGAAGAAAUACGACGAUGCGUUGGCAGCGUAUGAAGAAGGGUUGGCGAAGGAACCCAACAACUCUGCCUGCGUCGGAGGUUUGGAAGAAGUAAAGAAGGCGAUGGAGUCUUCGAACCCAAUGGCCGCUGCUUUUGGCCCCGACAUGUUUGCCAAGCUUGCCAUGAACCCUCGCACGCGUGGAUUCCUUGAGGAUCCAGCAUUUGUCCGCAAGCUCCAAGAUAUCCAACAAAACCCCAACAAACUCAACGAAUACAUGAGCGAUCAGCGUGUGAUGACUGUGUUUGCUGAACUUUUGGGCUUUGGUGGCAUGAUGCGACCCGACGAGCCGGCCGCGUCGACCGACUUCACACCGCCACCGGCCGCGCCCAAGCAAGAAGCCACACCGACGCCGCCGCCGGCCGAAGAGUUUGAAGAAGAAUUGACCGAAGAAGAAAAGCAAGUCCGUGCGAACAAGAAGGCUGCCGAGGAAUCCAAGGCUCGCGGGAACACGCUAUACAAGCAAAAGCAAUUCCCCGAAGCGAUUGCGGCGUACGAGGAAGCGUUGUCGAAGGACCCAACCAACAUGUCGUACCUCUCCAACUUGGCGGCGGUCUACCUCGAACUGAAGGACUAUGAAAAGUGCAUUGAACAGUGCAAGAAGGCCAUCGAGAUCGGUCGCGAGCACCGCGCCGACUAUUCGCUGAUUGCCAAGGCAUAUGUGCGCAUUGCGACGGCAUACAUUAAGCAAGGCGAAACGGAAGAAAACCUGAUGAAAGCCAUUGAAGCAUACGAGCAUGCUCAAGUCGAACAUCGCACGAAGGAAGUGGAUUUGAAAGUCAAGGACGCGCAGAAGAAGCUCAAGAAGGCCAAGGAGUUGGCGUACCAGGACGUGGGCAAGGGCCUGGAAGCCAAGAACCUUGGCAACGACUACUUUAAAGCAGGCAAUUUCCCCAAGGCCGUCGAAGCGUACUCGGAAGCAAUCAAACGCGACCCGACGAACGCCGUGUACUACGCGAACCGCGCCGCCGCGCUCACCAAGCUGACGUCAUUUCCUGACGCCAAGGCCGACUGCGAGAAGGCGCUAUCGAUCGACCCUACCUAUGUCAAGGCGUACAGCCGCAUGGGCGCAAUUCAGUUUUUCAUGAAGGAGUACCACAAAGCGAUGGAAUCGUACCAAAAAGGGCUCAACUUGGACCCGAACAACCAAGAGUGCAAGGAAGGGCUGUACAGCGUGCAGGCAAAGAUCCAGGCCGGUGAAUCGGACCAAGAACGCGCGGCGCACGGGAUGGCCGACCCCGAGAUUCAAGCGAUUCUGCGCGACCCUGUCAUGCAGAACGUCCUGAAUGACUUCCAGACGGACCCGAAGGCCGCCCAGCGCCACUUACAGAACGCGGGCGUGAUGGCCAAGAUUGAAAAGCUGAUUGCCGCCGGCGUGCUGCAAACCAAGUAGACUAGAACGACCACUGCCGUAACUACUUCGCACAUGAUGAUUUGACUUGAUGGGGCACCACCACCGUCGUGGGUGCACGCACCGUUCGUCAAGGACAGGUCUGUGUCCACGGUCACAGGGGCCAGC